AUGAGGUCAAGGGUUACACCGUGUGACGUCGUGUCAAUGGAGGAAAGAGUAAACAUAGCGAGCUCGACAGGUUUUAAAAAGCAACCCAGCAAGGCUCUUUAAUGCCCUUUAAAAUCCAACGAGUAUGGAGUGUGAGCGAAUGGAUAGCCUGGAGGGUUGGGUGGCUGUCAAAAGCAACGCGUUUGAAGAAAGCGAGCCCUUCAAGCUCGGCUUUAUCGUCGAGUGGAACGCCAUCGAGUGCAAGUUCGCUGUCACCUGUCACAACAGGACCCUACAGAGACAGAAGAGGAGACACGACCCCGCACUCGCCGAUACCCAGAGCAGCUGGGCCGGCCUCUUCUCGGUCUCCGAUUUGCGCAAUUUACAUCGCCACCUGACCGGCGUCAACGAGGCUCUGGAGCCUUACUUCCCGGAUUUGAAGGAGUUUGAACCGGGGAACUUGUGGGAUCUGUUGUUUCCGAGUCGAGCGACAGCAGGUUCGGAGGAGGCCGAGAGAGACUUGGAUACACCGUGCCGGCUGCUGGAGAAAUACCUGAGCACAGCUAUUGACGUGUGCGGCCGGAGGAUCGUCUUGGAUGCUUUGUUUGUUCAGGAUGACCGGGAUGUGGAGGAAUAUUUCGAAAAUCUGCACGAGUUUAAGAAGAAGAGUCUAGAAGACCAGGUGACGAGAACAAGGGAAAGUUUAAGAAAGCUACUUCAACACCACAGAUCAGUUGACAAGAUGGUUGCUCUAUUAAAGAUUUAUGAAGAAGAAGAUGAAGAUUAUCGAGAAUUAGUCACCAUGGCAACACUUUUCUACCAGUACCUUCUACAGCCCUUCAGAGACAUGAGAGAACUUGCAGUGCUUUACAAAAUGGAGAUUCUGAAAUCCCUAGAAUUUGAUGAUCUUGGUCCAAAAAGAAUUGAAGCUCUUAAGAAAGAAGUGGAUGACUGGACAUUGCAGGCUGAGAGGGCAGUAUGCUCUAUUCAAGAUAUCACUGUGAACUACUUUGCAGAAACGUCAAAGGCAUUGUCAGGCAUGCAAAAGCAGAUGGAGGAAGAUAAAAAGAGAUUUGGCCAAGCAUCCUGGGCUUCUGCUGCUCCCAGACUGGAGAAACUAAAAUUUAUGUCUGCCAAAGAGACACUUCAGCACAUGAGGGCCAAAGAGAUGUGUCUGAACCGCAGAAAAGCAGACAUCAGGCAUAAUAUGGAGCGCCUCACUGUCCAAAAGGAAAGUAUGGAAACUGUGGAUGAAUUAGAAAUUCAGUAUUAUGAAGCACAGCUGGAGCUAUAUGAUGUGAAGUUUGAAAUUUUAAAAAAUGAAGAAAUGCUUUUGAUGGCACAGUUAGAUACAGUUCGGAGGCAAAUUAAAGAGCUGAAGGAAGAAGUGAUCUACUAUGAUACUUGUGAGAACCCAGAAGAAUUGGUAAUGGCUCAGCAGGGAGGAAUGCGAAUGGAUACCACUUCACCUGAAAUGAAGUGCUUAUGUCACCGUCUUCAGCAGCUGGAAACUAAGAGAGGCAAAAUAUGUGCAAAGAGGGCCUACCUAAGAAAUAAAAAGGACCAAUGCAUGGAGGCAGAACAGCAAAAACAAAAGCAAACCCUUGAAAACAUUGCACGAUUUCAACAGCAUCACAGUAUUCAAAUGAAAAGAAAUCAACAAAAGGAAGAGGAAGUAAAGAAGAAACAGUGGGUAGACCAGGAACGGCAAAGAACACUGCAGAGAUUAAAAGCUUUCAGAGAGAAAUGUCCAGUACAGUUAGUAUUAAAAGGGCCUUCUUCCCAAACAUCUGCAAGAAAUACAUCCUCUACAUUGCCUUCUCAGCCGAUGUCUUUCUUCAGUUUAAGCAGUACUGCACAGAAAGCCAAUGCCAGAGCGUCCAAACCACAGAAGAAGACAAAUCAGAAGAAGCAGAAUGACAUCCCGGUACACAUCUUUGUCACACCGAAUCAACUUCCGCAGUCUGAAAAUGUGGAAGGGACAAGGAACUGUGGUUCUCCUCCUCCACCACCACCUCCCCCACCCCCUCCGCCGCCUCCUCCACUUCCACCUCCACCUCCACCACCACCCCCUCCAGCAUUGCUUGGUGCACCUUCAUUUUUGGGUUCUGCUGAAAAAGAUGCACCACUGCCACUAAUUUGUGAAAAUGAAAAGCAAGAUUCAGCAAAAAAUGCAUUGAAGCAAAACAUAGGUUCGAUGGAUGAGGUUUUAGCAUCUUUAAAGCGAGGCGAGAUCCUCCUACGCAAGGUUGAACGAGCGAGCCAGGGAGUUGAGAACACGCCUGUGGAUGUUAGAGACAGCAUCUUGUCAGCUAUCAGACAAGGAGUGAAACUGAAAAAGGUGGGCCAGUUGCCUUGCACUGAUGUUAAUAGAGAGCCAGUGAACGAUCUGGAGCGCAGCAUCAGAGAAGCAAUGCAGCGGAUGAAAAAAGUGUCCACCGAUUCAGAUGAUGAAGAUCGAGCUGAGUGCCCGUCGGCAGAGUGGGACAACUAGGAAGUGACCUAUUUCAAAGUGAAAUGAUGGUUUGAAAAAGAGGGUAAAAUAAUAUGAAUUUGUUUUUAAGCGUCUUUAGCUUCAUUUGGAGAAGUUCCAUUUGUUUAACCUGUAGUCUUUUAAUCAUGUGGAUAACACCAUAGUUCAGAAUGUCCCUUCCUGAUUCAUAAGGGAGCACUAUGGGAUGGAUAAACCUUCAAAACACAGUAUGAUACAGUUAUGUUAAUGAUGGAUGACAUUUAUUACAGUAAAUGGCAAUACUGUUGUAUUUUAAUUUGGGUGGGUAUGGCAUUGCACAUGGAAUGCCAUUUGGAAAAUCCUUAACUUUAAGAAACUAAAGAAUUGUUUGCACUGUUGGCUUUUUCCAUGCACUUUUUCUUUUUUCCACUUAUUUUGCUGGUGGAAAGAAAAACACAACAUACAAAGACCCUCAAUUGAUCUUAAGAUAUAUAAAAGUGCCUCUUUGCUCUUUAUAACGUUUUUAUUUAAACUAAAUUAUGCAGAACUUUUGUUUCUCAUUUGUUUACAGUAUAAACUUCAUUUAAAAACACGGUUUUGUUUUUCAUUAGCUAAAUAAACUGGGUCUGAACAACAACAUGUAAAGCGUAAGUGGUUACAUUUAUAAUGGAUUUUAGUUUUAAAACUUUUGUUAUGUAUGAAUCCUAUUUGUAUUUUGAGAAGAAAUGUGCUAGUAGGAGCUGAGAAUCUCUUUGACUGGAAGCCAUCUGAAUUUCAAAAAAUGUAUAUGGCACAUUCCUUUAAAACUUUAUUUACUAUGAACUAAUUUAUGAAAGAAUUGUAGAAAGAGCACUUAAUAUAGUGAAUUGAUUGUAAAUGGUUUCCAAAAUUAGAAACUGGAUAUGUAGGGAUGGAAAACUUGUUACAGCUAAGUUGCCAUUUGCCUUAAGUACACUUUGAGUUUUAUGUCAAAAUAUUACUGUGGAUUUGUGGACUGCCUAGGGUUUGUAUUCUGCGUAUAACUUCUGUCUUUAAGGUGUACGAUGGAAAAAAAUAUUUCAAAAAUGUAACAUCUGUCAAGCAGCCUUCCUUAAAGUGUUGCCAUCUUGUGAUCACAUCACUAAUCAGUUCUUCCUGUUGGAGAGCAAUAAAAAUGUUUUAACAUGUCAAA